CUCACACAACACUGUAUAUCUUGAAUUCUUGAUUACUUGAUCUAGCUAGCUCUCCUCCUAGAAAGUAGAAAGGAGAAAAAGAUGGAAAACAAAGGAAACACUACUUGGGAAUACUUUGGAGAAGAAGAAGAAGAAGAAGCGGAGGACACUCUUUCUUUCUGCAACCUCAACAUACAAGAAUACAAAGAAUGCUCCGUCCUUCAAAGCCCUAGAGAUUCCUCAGCUCAGGAUUUGUUUGAGUUCUUCAGCGAUGAACGAAGCCCUGAAUUUUUCAGCGCCCCAGAUGUCGUUUUCUGCGGGAAACUCAUGCAUGAGAACCGAGAUGAUCAGCUCAAUGAGUAUCAAAAGAGAGACUAUCUAACCAUGGUCAGAUCCCACUCUUUUCGUCCUUCUUCUCGUGAUGAAAAGGACCGUUCUACGGCGACAAAAAGCUUGGUUUCUCGCCAGAUUUCGAGUUCUAAGUCUCGCGUGGGUUCAAUCUAUCGUGUGCAGAAUGUGAACAUAUCUGGUUUGACUUCCAUGUCAAAGAAGUCCAGAAGAAGAAUGUUCAUGUUUGGACCAGUCAAGUUCAAGCCAGAAAUGGAGCUGAGUGCUAUUAAGGAGAGGCAAGGCCGUCGUUCGACUACUAGUACCACCAUGUCGCCGCCAACGCAGGUAAAGGAUGGCGGAAAGGCGGUGGUCAGAAGUGGUGGGAAGGCGGCACCAGCAGCAGAUAAGGGAAAGAGGAGUGGCACCUGGAAUAUGGUGAGGUCGUUGCGGGGCAAAGGCCACCUCACUGCCGUGUUGGCCAGGUCGUUCGGGUGCAUUCCAGCUGCUGCUAGUGUGGGAAAAUACCUUCCAGUGGCCAAUUAGUCUUUGCCGAAGUUUGAAUUGGGACUUGUGGAUGGACGUUGUGUUCAUGAUUAUAUGGCAUAAUUGGCAUUUGAUUUCUUUUUUCUUGACAAAAGAAAAUUAAAAAGAAUAUGUCAGUGAUAUUUGUGAAUAAAUAUUAAUUACACUUUGCCCCCCUAAA